GACAGCUGCUUGAGCUUCUAUUCUAAUCUAAAUACAAGUGGUGAACGAAUAAUAUAAUAACAUUUUAGAAAAACAAAACAAUAAUAAGUGAUUAUAUUGUGACUGUGUGAGUGUGUGCAAGAAAUUAUAUUAAGUAAUAAUGGCAUCCAUUACCGGAGAGGACCCGGUAAGCUCUAGUGCCCAAAGCAAGAAAAACUUGGAAAAAAUUAAAACUGAAUACACAAAUGCAUUAAAACAAAUGUGUUUAACCCAAUCUAAGGACGAGGACCCAUAUUUAAUAAGCAUGGCCGAAAAGCAGGAUUUGAUCAAAUCAAUAUGGAAAGAGGGAAUUAAAUCAAACAAUACCAAUUUAAGUGACAAAAAUUACAAAAAUCCUUUCGAUGAUAAGUAUAAAGUCGUAACUCACAGCGGUUUGUUCAAUGUUCAGGUGAAACAUGAGGGCAAAUAUAAAUUAAUGAUUCCCUACGAACGGCUUUUUAAUACAGUGUGGCCAAUACACAUUAAACAUAAUCAUGAUAUACCAGAUACAGUUAUAGAUGCAAUACAAAGAAAAUAUUUUGUACCUGAAAGUGCCAUUCUUGAAUUAAACAAAUAUUGCACCAUUUGUAAACCCAAACAGACACCAGCCAAACCAUAUUACUGUUGCAAUCUAGACCUUAUUAUAAUGGACACAAAUGACCAUGGUUUCGAAACAAUAAUGGUUUGCCAAGAUGUACACAGUAACUUUAUUCACCUACGACCACUAACUGCACACAAUACGGACAACCAAAUAUGUUUGGAACUAUUUAAAAUCUUCAUGGAUUUUGGACCACCUAAAAAGUUGAUCAUAAGCAACCCAAUUUUUGAAUUUGCCAUUAAUAAAUUCCAUAAGCUUACUGCGAUCACACCCUUUCAUAUAAACAUAGUAAGAAAAAAUUAUAGAGAAAAGCAAAUGUCACAUAUAAAAUCUUCAUUAUAUAAAUGGUCUGCAGAUAGUAAAAGUAAUAACUGGGCAAUUGGAUGUUAUGCGGUGCAACAUCAGUUAAAUAGUAAAAAUCAAGGUAACCCUCAAAGUGCGGCUUUUGAAAAUGUAUUUGUAUACAAUGGACCACUUAUGAAUAUGGUAAAAUGUAACAAAAGUUGUUCGGAAGAGAAAUUAGAUACUAAAUUGUAUGCAAGCAGUUCAAAAACUGAUAAAUCAAGAGAAGAACCAGUUGUGAUGUCGGUUGAUGUCGGUACACAAUGUGAUGACUUGGCAAAAGAAACAAAUGAUAUACCAGAAAACUUUGGACUUCAAGAAAAGGAAGAGAUGAUAUCCGACCUAUCAUCAAAUGGUUCAAACUGUGCUAAUUUGGAUGAUGAUAUCGUGGAUUUUGAAUAUCCAAAAUGCAUUGAAAUUGAUGAUUCAGAUGUCUCGCUAGAUGAUAAUGAAGAUUCGAAAUCUGUUGAAUUUAAAGAACCAGAUAUAAUGAUAUUGAAAGAUGAAAAUGCAAUAACUAGUGAAUUAGAAAAAGAAUCAGAAAAUGAAGAAGAGAUUCCAAAAACUGCUCAACCAAUUGCGAUAGUUGAUGAAAACUCUAAUUCCAGUGAAUUGACAGAAAAAUCCGAUGCGAUAUUAAACGAGAACGAUGUAGGAUCGUUGAAUAGUGUUGAAAUACUCGUACAUAAAGAACCAGAACGAAUAUUGAGCGAUAAUGUUUCAAAAGGUGUUGAGGUACCAACAGAGCUAGUAGUGAUUGAUGACGAUAUUGCAAAACCCGAUGAACAGACUAAAGAAUCUGAAUCCAUUUUAGAUGAGGACGAUCCAAAACGAGCUGAAACAGUUGUUGUAUCGCCUGACGCAACACAGCCAGAUGCUAUAAUAAAUAUCAUUGAUCUUAUAUGCCCUGAAUCAAUAGAAAACGAUCCAAAGCGAAUAUUAAGCGAUAAAGGUGAUGUAGAAAUGAAAACAGACUCCAAUGUAACAUUGAAUGACAAUAGCGAAAUAAGAGAAAAUCUAGAUGUAGUAACAGACGAUUCUAAAGGCGAUGAAAUGGAAAUAGACCCAGUAACUAUAAUAAGCGAUAAAGAUCCGAUAUCUACUGAUACGCAAACAAAUGCGACAUUGAAUGACAACAUUUUAAAACACGGUGAAGUUAUAGAAGAAACUGUUUCGAUACUAAAUAAAGACAAUCCAAAAUGCGAUAAAAUGGAUAUAGAUUCAGGGGCGAUAGUAACCGGUAUAGAUUCAAAAUGUGCUGAAAGGCAAACAGAAGCGAAUGCUACAUUAGAUGAUGAGACUUCCAAACACAGAUUGACAGAAAAACCAAAUAAUAUAAUACUCGAUAAAGAUCAAGAAGUAGCUGUUAUAGAAAUGGAUGAUUUAGCAAAUUAUGAAGAAGUAAAUGGUAGAUUGAAGGUCGGUAGCCCAAAGCCUACAGAAUCAGAUCCUAGGCCUAGUCUUACAACAACUAAGCCUGAUAGUCCUAAGCCAUCUACAUCUGGUAUAAGUUCAUUUGGUAAUGUCGAUUAUGACAGUGAUGAUAGUGAUAUUGUUCUAGUUAAUGAAGAUCCUUUGGCGUAGAACUUUUUUUUAACAACUACCUAUAGUUACAGCAUUUGACAGCCCAAAGAGGUAGCAGAGUCUUUAUAAUACUCAUUAUACUCGGAGACAUUUAACUAAUGAUUACUUUUAUUUAAUUGUAAUUUAAGUAUUUGUUUUUAAUUAUUAUUUUUUUUACAUUUUUUUUUAUUUUUAUUUUAGUAUUAAAUUAGUUUUUAAUUCUUUUUAGGUACUAUUUAUUUCUUUUUAAGUUGUAAAUGAUUACUUAAACUAUUCCUUAGUAACAAUUUUGUUUUGAAAAAUUAAUUGCUAAGGACUAGGUUAAUUAACCAAUAAAUUACUGAGAAUGGUGGUAAUUCAAUCUUACUAAUAUUAUAAAUGAUAUGGUUUGUGAGUUUGUAUGUUAUGUUUGUUACUCAAAGCUGCUUGCGAGCGAAGCCACUGGCAGUAGCUAGGCAUAUUUAUUAGUCCCACCCAUGUAAGCCCAAUAUGUUUCCACACAUUGUACGCUUUGAUUAUUAUAAGGUUUAAUCAAAUAUUGUAUGUUUAUGUACCUAGAUGUAAGUACUGAUAUUGUUAAACAAUUUUUGUUGUUUGAUUUAAAAAAAAAUCUUAUAAUGUUAUGUAAUUUUUAUUGUUUGAUUUAAAAAAAUACUUUUAAUGUUAAGUAAUUUUAAUAGGAACAAGGAGGAGGCCUUUGUUCAGCAGUGGACGUCUCUCGGCUGAUGAUGAUGAUGAUGAUGAAUAGGAACAAGAUUAUUUUAAUAAAAGACUGUGAUUAUUUUUAA